AGUGCGUGCGGACCGCUCGCAGAAGUAAUAUUAAUUCUGGAGGAGGAUCGACUAGGAGCACUGGAUCGCCGUCAUGUCGAAGAACUGCAUGAUAACAUUCGACCAGAAUGAGCACGGCACCUAUUUCACGGGCCAGGUGAUAACCGGGAAGGUGAUCGUCAAUCUGAACAAGUCCAAGAAACUACGCGGAAUAAAACUACAAAUAAGUGGAUAUGCCCAGGCCCACUGGCGGGUCCGCAGACAUGGAAGCCCCGUGGCCAUUCAAAACCCCAAGAAACGCUUUAAGCGCUUAUACAGCGGACGGGAGGACUACAUAGCCUCCACCACGUUUCUCAUAGGCUCGGAGCAGAGCAGCACUUUCAACAUGGAAGCCGGCACUUAUACCUACUCGUUUGCCUGCCCCAUACCCAGCCACUGUCCUUCGUCCUUUGAGGGUGCUUUCGGCCACAUCCGGUACCUCGCCAAGGUGACUUUCCUCAAGGCCGGCGCUUCCAAUCGCACCCACAACGUUGGCUUCACUGUGUUGAAACUUUUAGACCUGAAUCAGGAAAGCAAGAUGCUCCGGGAACCGUCCAGCAACGAGACCGUGGAGUACUUCUGUCUAAUGCAUACGAAGCCUGUCAACCUAAAGGUCACCUUGCAGCAGCAGGGCUAUGUCCCCGGCCAGUUUAUGCUAGUCCACGCCCAAGUUGAAAACAAUUCCAGCUCGGACUGCAGGAAACUGCUAAUCAUGCUCCACCUGAGGGCCACAUACACAGCGGAUACGCCGUCACUGCGCACCUGUUCCGAGAAGAUAAUGCUGGUAAAAAGGGAAUGCGGGGCAGUGCCCCAUCAUGGCCAGAAGACGUACACGGAGACCCUAAGGAUCCCGGCCACGGCGCCCACCUGCGAGCACCUGUCCAAGGUAGUGCGGGUGUCGUACGAAGUGCGCGUUGUGGCCGUAAUGAACUGGCUGAUGGCCAAUCCACGGGUGGUACUACCCGUGACCAUCGGCAAUGUGCCACUGGCCACGGCGGUGUCGGGACCGGAUUUCCUUCCUGUCAACGCCAAUUCCUACGCCACCAGCAGUCCACUGCCGGCCGAUCUGCCUUGCACCUCCACGAGGGCCAUGGAACUGGCUCAGAUGGCGGCCACUGGUGGGGUGACCAACUCCGGCUACGAAAUCUCCGAUGAUCUCGAGGACUUUGAGCUGCCCGAGGACGGGGACGAUGAGCUGGAGACUGCUGAUGAAUUCGUCCCAGAGCUUCCUCCUCCCACCUACGAACAAGCCAUGUUCAUGACCACGGACAUUGCGGACACGGAUGCCAACACCGUGAGCGAGACGUCCCACUUUACGCCCCGCUACCCCGUCUUCGACGUGGACACCUUCCAGAGUCCGCCACCAAAUCCGCCGCAGAAAAAGCGCCGCCGACGCCGGAGACGACCCGCCGAUCCCGGGCAGCAGAAACCCCGCCCGGAGAAGCAACCGGCGGACAAUCAGUUCGUGGAGUCGCCCGUGCAGAUUUAAAAAUGUGUUAUCACAGAGAAUCACGACUCUAUAGUAUCUUAUCUCGGCAGUAUUUAUUUCUUUUUCGGUUCGCCAGAGUACUAACCAACUUUUAAUAUACACAUGCAUACAGAUUGGUAAAUAAACAAACAGCCUUAUAAAAAUGUCUUGUGGGUGAUAUGCGAUAAAUUGCGAUAAUACCCAAGACAGUCAAAGUCGA